CAUAUGCAGGGCACAACAAUGCAAACAACAAAAAAUACAGAAACCGUUUAAAAUAAGUCAGUAAACUAUUAAUUACAGAUAAAAUUUAAUAAUAAUUUAUAUUAGACAGCAAUUUUCCGAUUUUCCGGGGUUGAAACGCGCAUUCCAAAUUGAAUAACUACAUACUAUUGCAAUUUCACUAAUUUUUCUAUUUAUUUUUUUUCAUUUUAUUUUUAUUAACACAAAUUAUAUCUUGAAAGUGUGCUGAAUUAAAAAGAGGGAAAGUGUAAUUUUUUUAAAUCCAUGUCAUCAGCCACCAUUUUGUAUUUCAAGAUAGCCGACGCAACAUUCACCAUUUUGCAAAAUGGUACAGCCCUGGGUACAAAGUACGGUACACAGCUUAUUUAUCUUUCUUUAAAAAUCAGGAACAUAUGAGAAGACCACUGUUUCAAUGAUGGGUAGACGGUCCAGUAUAAUUCGACUCUUCUCCUCUGCUAUUCUCUUUACGGGAGUUGUUACAAUAAUGCUUGUAUAUAUCUCAAGUUCAAAUCAAAAACUAGCUAAACACUUCACUUCUAAAGUUUACCAUGUAAACUACUGGACGUUUAAACAGUUUAAUGAGUCUGAUAAUUAUAAUUUCAACAUUAGUUAUUCAGCAACCGAAAAAGCGUACCGAAACUACUCGACGUCUAAACAGUUUAAUGAGUCUGAUAAUUACGACUUCAACAUUAGUUAUUCAGCAAUCGAGAAAACAUUGUAUUCGUUGAGACGUCUUCUUCCACACAAACUUGUCAUUUUGAUUGAAAACCAAACAGUGAAACAAAAAAAGACACUAAAAACGAAACAACGAAGGAAAGGAAUGAAAAGGAGAAACAAUGAAAAAUCAAGAAAUGACUUUAAAGCGCUGUCAAUUACUUUGCUUCAAAAUGCAAAAUGGAGGAAAGUUCCAAAGCAAUUGUCAACAGUUCCGAAAAAACUGUCUUGUGCAGUCAUUGGAAAUUCUGGCAUCCUACUCAAUAGCUCUUGUGGAUCUGAAAUCGAUUCACAUGAGUUUGUAUUACGUUCAAACAUCGCGCCAAUUUUAGGCUUCGAAAAAGACGUUGGAUACAAACACGACUUUUCUUCAUUAAAUCUUGAACUUUCACGGAUCGCCACUUCUUGCUUCGAAAAUUCAUCAAAACCAUGUUUAAACGAAAUGCUAGAUAGGUUCAAGGUGUAUGAUAAAUCAGUAAUCUGGCUUUCCAAACUUCAGACUAAUAUGUCGAAGGCAAUUUAUCUCAGAGUAAUAUCGCAGCUACAUAAACACAAUAUAUAUCCAAAGAUUGCAUAUCCUUUCAGGCCGAUUGGAAGCCGUAUUAUAAGGCUCUGGAACAUAACAAGUCCGUCAUCAGGUCUUUAUCUUUAUACUGUGGCAGCAUCUUUAUGCGAUGAUAUCUCCUUGUAUGGUUUCUAUCCGUUUUACUCAUCAUCGGACGGUACACAAUUAAAACAUCAUUAUUAUGAAAACACAUCAAUGGACUACGCAACACUACAUCACAUGCCGGAAGAAUUCAAAUUGUUCACGGUUUUACAUAAAUUUGGGUUCGUUCGAUUGGUUUCAGGCAGAUGUGCACAAGAUAGUAGGUGAUUGUAAGUUCUGGCUAAAAUAUUUUGAAUGAAAAAAAAUAAUGUUUUAUACAAAUCUACAAUUUUUGUAAUGUACUAUUAAGGAAAUCAAGUAUUUAAUUAAUUUUAAAUGGUAGAAAAGUGAGUUUGCUUUCAAAAUAUCAAAAAUUAUUCACUGAUGCCAAGCAUUAUAGUUAAAAUGUAUUCCCAUUGUUCUAACAUGCUUGUUAACAAUAUAAACCUCACGUCCAGACAUAUACCAGGUAAAAAGAACUUAUUGUGUGAUGCACUGUCUCGGUUUCAUGUAAAAGAAAAGCUACUAAAAGAGAGCAACAUGCGGCCGCAUCCUCUACAAAUUCCGUCACACCUGCUACGGGUGUCUAUAAAACGAAGACUGAAGACCGAAGACCCAAAAACGAAGACCCCUAUCUUUUCUCUUUCAUUUUGAUGAUAAUACACCAGGCUCUCACAAAAUAAAAAUUACGAAAUUUUUUGGGAGUCUGUUUGUGAAAUUUUCAAUGGGUGUCUACAAAACGAAGACCGAAGACCAGAAAAACGAAGACCCACAUUUUUUUUCUUUUAAUUGUGAUGAAAAUAAUGUUUUAAAUCACUUCAAGCUAUGUAUAUUUAGUACUCGUCUUUUGGUUAAUCACAACUUAAAUUUCAUGUGCUAUAAAUUGAUAAAAAUAAAAGCAAGAAUUAUUUAAA